AUGGACGACCCGCACUUCCUCGUCGGCACCCCCAGGAGCGAGUUGCUCGCCAAGAUGGAGCGCGAAGGCCGGGACCCUGCGACGCUCGACGUCGGCAUAAACUUGGUGCUCUAUUUCGUCUACGACUACCUCCCCGACCCGCCCGUCUCCCCCGCCCCCACCACCACCCUCUCGCUCGCCGGCGCGUCCUGGGUCUCCGACGGCGUCGACCGCAUCAGCCGCCUCCCCGAUGUGCUCCUCCGCGACAUCAUCUCCCGCCUCCCCGCCAAGGACGCCGCGCGCACCGCCGCCCUCUCCUCGCGCUGGCGCCCAAUCUGGCGCUCGGCGCCCCUCGCUCUUGUCGACAGUCAUCUGCUUCCGGACGGCGGCGCGGCCGGGCAGUUCACCAUCGGCGCCCCCUCUCCCCGCGCCGUCACCGACGCGGUGUCCCGCGUCCUCGCGGCGCACCCGGGCCCCUUCCGCUGCGUGCACCUCACACGCACCAUCAUGGAGGAGCACCGGGGCGAGAUGGCGCGCUGGCUCGACAUCCUCGUCGCCAAGGGGGUUCAAGAACUCGUCUUUGUCAACCGCCCUUGGCCGCUAGACUUGCGCCUCCCCGCCACCAUCUUCAGCUGCUCCUCACUCACCCGUCUCUAUCUCGGCGUCUGGAGGAUCCCGGACACCGCCGCCGUACCGCGCGGCGCCAGAUUCCCCAACCUCCUGGAGCUCGGCCUCUGCAUGACUGUCAUGGAGGACCACGAUCUGGCAUUCAUGCUUGAAAGAAGCCCCGUCCUGGAGUCCCUCAUCAUCAUGGGGAGCCAGACCGGAGUGCGCCUGCGCCUCGUCAGCCAAAGCGUGCGGUGCGUUCAGCUGGGAUAUACCUACUUGGAGGACAUCGAGGUGGUGGAUGCACCUUGCCUGGAGAGGUUCUUCCAGUCGGAUAAUUUUUGCCAGAGCGAGCUCACUGGCCCCAGCAUGAAGAACUGCUCUUCCAAGAUCAAGAUUGGGCGUGCACCUAACCUGCGUGUGCUGGGAUACAUUCGGCCAGGAGAGCAAGAGUUGGGGAUUAGCAACACCAUCAUCGUGCAUUAUUUACAGGCUGGGGCCAAGGAGAGCAUUGUGCCUACUGUCCAGAUUUUGGCCAUAGAGGUGCAAUUCGGUUGCCGCAAUUCUGUCAAGAAAGUGCCUGGUUUUCUCAGAUGCUUUCCUAACCUGGGGACCCUCCAUGUCCAGUCCCCACGCAUACCUAAAGAGUCCACUGGCAAGGUCAAUCUCAAGUUCUGGCAGGAGGGUGGCCCCAUCAAAUGUGUCCUGCAGAGCUUGAAGAAGUUGUUCUUCUACGAGUUCCGUGGGUCAAGAAGCGAAGUUGCCUUCCUCAAGUUCAUUGCGGAGAGAGGUCGGGUGCUGGAGCAGAUGGUGGUCGUUGUGGGCAAGGAAUGUUUCUCUCCGGGAGGUGAUGGUGUGAAUGCCAAGCUGAAGCCUCUGACCAACGCAAAAUGGAACAGCAAAGGUUGCAAACUUGAGCUCUUCAAGAGCCCACUCACUGAUGUGGCAGGUCCAAUUUGCAGCCACCGACAUGCUUCUGAUUUGGGGUUUGCUGACCCCUUUGACCUCAAGUACUACUACAAAUCCGAAACGAUCUCCGUAAGUUAA